CCUGCGGCAGGUGGGGGAGUGUAAUAACUGCUGCCAGCUACUUCCUGCUUUCACUACCACCGUUUCUUUCAGCUUACAGGAGCAAGCAGUUGCAACAGUUAUGGAUGUGUUAACUCUUCAGUUUUUGGUAUGUGGCCAGCUAAUAUUGUUGUCGUUUGUCUUGAAUAAUAUAACCGGUGCACAAAGGAUCAGUAUGUCACCAUCAAGUUUGACAACUACAAUAGCUCCACCUCUGAAUGCAACAGGAAACCACACAGAAAAUGUCUCAAAUUUAUCAAGCUAUUCAGCAUACAAUGAUAGCGCAACAACUCAAAACAACUGGACAACCCCCACCACUACUUUGGGACCCAACCAAAGCAAUGUAACAGGAUCAGCAGGGAAGCUAAACACAACAGAAAAUGCUCAGACAACCCAAUCAGCCACAUCCUCAACAUUCAACAUCAGUUCAACAGCCAUCACUUCUACAGACAACAGCACUCAUAGCAGCAAUGGAAGUGCUACAUCAAGCACUACAGCAGUGACCCAAUCCACUGCGAUUAUUUCUACUGCUGUAACUCAAAACAGCUCAGCUUCCUUCAAUGAAUCUCAAGCAGACGGUGGCCUGAAUCAUUCAGAGAAAUCUCUGACCAUUUUAUUCAGCAUUCUGCUCGGUGUAAUAGUUCUGGUAAUUCUGGGACAUUUUAUGUACAAGUUCGGCAGGAGCAAAGAGAGAAGUGUCCAAUACACUCACCGCCGCCUCCAGAAUGAAGAUACAGGUGAGCCGUUUGCACUGCCAGAUGACACGCUGGUCAUUUCAGGAGGACUCUAUGAUGGCCCUCAGAUUUACAACCCCACCAUGACAGUGCAGAACGAAGAAUUCCAGACAGACGCAUCUGGAUUUGCUUCCAUUGCAUCAAGUUUAAUUUAA